UUUUCUUCUGUAAUAUACAAGCUAUGCCUGCAAGUUGCAAACAAUUUGAGUUCGAUAAAUGUCAUUGUUGUACAAAUGUGGACUCCAGCCCCCACAUAUAUAAGCUACUGCAUAGUGCAUGUGCAAUUUGCUCGUGAAAGCAAUUGAGAAUCGCCUUGCGAAGACCACAAUUACCGCGAGAACACACUCGAGGACAGCCGUUAGAGUCGCGACUCAAAUUGAAUUGACGUGACGAUCAGUUUGAAUUGGCCUUAAAUGCCACUAUUUGAAAUGCUCUGUGGGAUGUUUUGACAUUAUGUGACGUGGUAUGAUGUGACAAAUGUGAAUUGACCUUCACAAUUCAUUUGUUUUGCAUUGAGUUAAUGUGCUUUUCCGAAAAUGAUUCCUGUAAUUCCCUCUAAUAAAUAGUUGUUGCAAAACCAUUUUUUCGUCACUGAAAGCCAUAAAACCUUAAUUAUUAAAUAAUAAUUAUGACAUGCAAAUUAUUUGACGAAUGUUAACCUGUAAAUAUAUUUUGUACUUACAAAUUUUUAAAUUACAUAUAAAAGCCAAUGCACACUGACCGUCACGUCAAAACAUUCUGCAAUGUUUCAAAUGGCGACAUCCGCAUUGGUCGUCCCGUCACGUAACUGGCAAGGUUUCUCGGGAAAAAGUUUUGAUGGGUUGUGUUAUCCUCAGUUCAUGACCUCCCAAUACAUGGCCAUGCACAGAUCUCCAUAUUUCGUUUCAUUGUGGUUGCCGUUGUUGAGAUCAGUUGUGUAAUGUUCGUUAUUUGUUAUAAAUUGUUUAAUUUUAUUUCUUUCGUUAACAUUUUUAAGCAGUUAUGAGAGGUUAAUUGAAACAGUAAAGUAGCAAUCAUAGUUGUACGACAUGAGCAUAAUAAAUUACUUGCCCGCUACUACAUGUAUGAAGUGGAUUACCGUAUUGAAAUGGAUUGCAAUAUGGCUGCAACUUGAAAUCAAAAAGUACUAAGUGUAGAAUUUGAUUGAUUAGUAGGUGGAAUUUAUUCUAAUAUUGUACUGUAUUUGUAGCUUCGCAUGAAGAAAUGGACAAACUUUUAAGACAUUGCACCUUGUUUCUUUUAAUAUAUGUUUGUGGCAGGCUUACUUUUUGUUAAGCGGUUGACUGUGUGUGAAGGUUUUGCAAGCAUUAUCUUGUGAAUAUUUAUGAUUUCACAAGCUAACCCCAGCACAAAUAAUGAACUACUAAAAGCCAGAUGAGAGGUGUGAAGAAAACCUUUAAAUCUUGAAGGGCAAGGUAUUGAGGGAAAUGUUACUACUGCACAAAAAUUGCACUGGACAGGCUACUAAACCUUAAACAGACUCAUUGUAACUCUUAACACUGGGUUUCUUUUAGUAAUUCUAGAUACAAUUUAACAUAACAAAUUUAAAAAAACUGAAGCUUUAACUUUCUAAACUAUUAAAUUGAGAUUUCUCUUCCUCGAGCUCCUUGUAUGGUGUUUGAAAUCACCCUUUUGUAUUACGUUAUUGCAUUUUUCGAAUCCACACUCUUAGAAUGCCAUGACGGCCAGUGUCAGUUGCCCUUAAAAAACUUGCAGGCGUACAUGUCAACUGCAUGGUCGACUUAGAAAGUUGUCGAACGCUGAAAAAUCGAUUCGAUCAUAACACAACAUCCAAGCACAACAAAUCCGGUAUGAGAUUAGGAAGUUGAGUUGUGUUUGUUUACAGCCUUCGGUGUGAGGCAGUGUUUGAUACGAACAGGUUACAGUACACAGAAGGAAGAAUCAGUGUGUUUAAUAGCCGUUUCAUAUCAUGUCGAACUCUCAUUUAUUUUUACCUUCGGGUUUUCCGAGAGCACCAUUAGGAAAUGGUUUGGGCAGAUACAUUUGUCAGUUGCAACGAAUAACUAUAAAAUUUUGCAAAAAUCAUGGAGCAAGUAGAGGCGUCAGGGAAUUCAUUGAAUGCGAUCUGAUUGAUUUUGCACGUAAGAACCCUCAAACGGUAGUGUACGUAAAGCCCCGUCGACAUCGAUCACCUGUCAUCAAAGCGGAAUACCUGAACGGAGAAAAUCAUCACAUGAGUGUUCAUAACUUUACAUUAGAUGAGAUUCGCAAGUGGAUAUCGGUUUUAUGCACGCAGAACCAAGGGUCGUUCGUACGUUAUCGCAAAAUGUGGCACACAGAUCAUCCUUCCAUACAAGGUGUGUGGAACCCUUUCACUCACAGGCAGCCAGAACUGAAUAAAGCCACGUUCCCACAGGAAGAAUUGUCAAGUCCACAAAAUUUACCACCCACUGCUACUGAUUUGUUACUAGAGAUGUUCAAAAAACAGAAGCUGUCAGAGGAAGACUCUAGAGCUGUAUUAGAAGAGAAACGUGCUGAAUGAAGUUGCAUCUAGAACGGAAAACUAGUCACUGUUGUAGUAAAAUAGUGCAGAAGGAGAAGAGACUGAGAAUUUAUAAAGUAGAUACUACUGUUGAUUUUGUGAGCGGAAGUACCUUAAUACUUUCUAGCAUUUGGUCAGAUGAAUCAGCCAUGAGUCUGCAAUCAUUACUUGAACCAGAAUUAAAAUUGUGCAAGAUGUGAUUUACUUCUUCAAUUGAUGCUUCUUGAUACAAGAAAUUGUGUUUCUAUGCUACAAAACACUGUAAAGACAUUGUUUUGAUCUAUUUGGCAAUAAAAGUGUUAUUUUAG